UAUUAAGUUAAUAUGGGAUUUUCCCUUCCUACUCCCCGAACCUAACCCAACGCCAAAUCCUUUCUUCUUCCUUAAGCAAAUUCACUCGUCUCUCUUUCUGCUCUGCAAAUAACAAAAUCCCUAGUCAUGCAAGAAACAGAGCUCCACGAUUUAUCUGACGACCCAGAUUAUGCUGCUUCUAUCCAGCAAGGAUCAGCAAGUGACAUGAUGAGGAGCAACAGCAGUAAGCGAAGCUCGUCCAGCGAACCAGAAGGCGCUGAAGUUGUGUAUUUGAAGGAUAAUGUGGCGAUUCAUCCGACUCAGUUCGCUUCUGAGAGAAUUAGUGGCAGAUUGAAGCUUAUUAAGCAAGGCUCAUCUCUCUUUAUUACAUGGAUUCCAUACAAAGGGCAAACCUCGAAUGCGAGAUUGUCUGAGAAAGAUAGCAGUCUUUACACCAUAAAGGCCGUGCCUUUUACAGAUGUGCGUUCCAUUCGUCGACACACUCCAACUCUUGGGUGGCAGUACAUAAUAGUUGUUUUGUCAUCAGGACUCGCAUUUCCCCCUCUUUACUUCUACAAUGGAGGAGUCAAAGAGUUCCUUGCUACAAUAAAGCAACAUGUUUUGAUUGUGAGGUCAUUGGAAGAUGCAAAUGUAUUUUUGGUCAAUGAUUUCCAAAAUCCUUUGCAGAGAACUUUAUCCUCUUUGGAGCUUCCUAGGGCCGUUCCUAUUGCAAGUGGGGCAUCCGCAUAUGCUUCAACUGGUGAAUCUCCAUCUUAUGAAAACCAAGAAAGAGCUGCUAGGGAUGCCCACAAUGGAAGCUCUAGCAUUUCUCAAAAUGUCAGGAGGCAGAGGCAAAAGAGCAAUGAUCCUGCUCGAGAUCUCUCAAUCCAAGUAUUGGAAAAAUUUUCUCUUGUAACCAGAUUUGCUAGGGAAACAACUUCACAAUUGUUCCGAGAAAAUCAAAGCAAUGGAUUUGGUGCUGUUGAGAGGAAAAACUACAGCCAUUCUUCCCUUGAUAUUCCUCCAAAGAUACCAAAGGACACAGAGGAAGUUCCUAUUCAAAGUACAGUACCGUCAGAUCCUCUUGAGUUUGAUAAGCUGACACUUGUGUGGGGAAAACCACGACAGCCACCCCUAGGUUUUGAAGAGUGGUCCACUUUCUUGGAUUCUGAAGGACGAGUCAUGGAUUCUAAAGCUUUAAGGAAGAGAAUAUUCUAUGGAGGAGUUGAGCACACGUUAAGGAGAGAGGUGUGGCCACUUCUGUUGGGAUAUCAUACAUAUGAUUCAACAUAUGAAGAAAGGGAAUGCCUUCAGUAUAACAAAAAAUUGGAGUAUGAAACCAUAAAAAGACAAUGGCAGAGCAUCUCUCCUGAACAGGCAAAGAGAUUUACAAAAUUUAGGGAAAGGAAAGGCCUUAUAGACAAAGAUGUGGUGAGGACCGAUAGGUCACUUUCUUUCUAUGAUGGGGAUGACAAUCCAAAUGUGAAUAUCUUAGGGGAUAUACUAUUGACCUACUCAUUCUAUAACUUCGAUCUUGGUUAUUGUCAGGGUAUGAGUGAUUUGCUGUCUCCUAUUUUGUUUGUGAUGGAGGAUGAAUCAGAAUCAUUUUGGUGCUUUGUAGCACUGAUGGAACGUCUUGGACCCAACUUUAAUCGUGACCAAAGUGGCAUGCACUCUCAACUUUUUGCAUUAUCCAAGCUGAUAGAGAUCCUAGACAGUCCAUUGCACAACUAUUUCAAGCAGAAUGAUUGCUUGAAUUACUUCUUUUGUUUCCGCUGGAUUCUAAUACAAUUUAAAAGGAUCUUCUCAUAGGGAAGAGGAUUGAAAAUGGUAGAUUGCAUGAUGGCUUAUAUAUGUUGGAAGGUGAUCUAGGUUCUCCAAUAUUUCAAGCCUGUUUUAGAGAAAAUAGGAAUGUCAAUACAGUGUCACAGGCGGUUAGGGCAUCCAUCAUUUUUUGUCUUAAAAAAACUUUAUCCUAGUUUGUUUGUUAGAACUCAGUUUGGUUCUUUAUUUUCUGAUGCUCGUGAGUAUGCUAAGCACACUAUAGCCUCAUAUCCUUUGAAUCAUAAUAAAAGCCAAAUUCCUUUUGUGACUAUUUAUUCUGAUGUUUGGAGGUCUACUCAAACUGUCUCCUUAUCUAGUAAUCGAUGGUUUGUCAUCUUUAUUGAUUGUUGCACUCGAAUGAUUUGAAUCUAUUUGAUUAAAGCUAAAAGUGAUAUAUUUUCUUGUUUUUAAUCCUUUCACAAGAUUAUUUGUACUCAAUUUGAUACUGAGGUGAAAAUUUUGAGAAUUGACAAUAGAAGAUAAUACAUGGAUAGUAGGCUCCAUAUUUAUUUGGAGAAUAAUAGAAUAGUACACUAGACAAGUUGUCUUUAUACUAGUGUUCAAAAUGGCGUUGUUGAAAUGAAAAACAAGCAUCUAUUGGAGGUAGCUCGAUCACUUAUGUUUACCAUGAACCUAUCCUAAGCAUAUUGUGGAGAUACAGUCCUCUAUCUGCUUAUCUUAUCAUUAGAAUGCUUCUCAAGGCCCUUGACUUUAUGAGUUCUUUGGAGGUUCUAGAAGGAAAGAAUUCAUACAUUGUUCCACAAAAAGUAUUUGGGUGUGGUUGCUUUGUCCAUUCUAAGACGGUGGGAAAGUUGGACUCCGAUACCCUUAAAUGUAUGUUUGUUGUGUAUUCUCCAACACAAAAAGGAUAUAGGUGUUAUCACCCUCCAUAUAGGAAAUACUUUAUCAGUAUGGAUAUUAUCUUCCAAGAAACUGAACCCUACUUCAGUGCCACCCACUCACCUUUUCAGGGGGAGAAUAAUGAGCAAGAAGAGGUGAUUCCGAACUCUGUGAUUCUGAAUGAUAUGAUUCAGCUAGAGAGUUCGAGUUUUAGUAGACAGGGGAAGGUGUCCAAUUAGGGGAAGAAAAUUGGAUGUUUGGACGAGCAAGAUUUGAGGAGAUAUUCGAGGAGAGACAAGGCAGAAGAAGCCAUUAUGCAGUCUAUUCGGAGUCAAGAACUUUCUUCUGGUGAGUUAUUCACAACUCUUGAAUGCUCCAAUGAUUUAGAUAAACCUAUUGCACAAAGAAAAGAGGUCAGAUUUUAUACUAAACACUUUAUUUUUAACUUUGUUUUUUAUGAAUCCGUCUCCUUCCUGUAGAGCUUUUGUAUUGUCUAUUUUCUCUGUAUCUAUUCUACAGGAUUGGAAGAAGUUCUUGCAGAUCCUAAAUGGAAGGGAGUAAUGAUUGAAGAGAUGAAAGCACGGACUAAAAGUGAGACUUGGGAGCUCGUCACUCUCCCACCCGGGAAGAAACUUGUUGGUUGUAAGUGGGUGUUCACAAUGAAACACAAAACUGAUGGCACAAUUGAACGGUUUAAGGUCAUAUUGGUUGCUAAAGGAUUCACCAAACCUAUGAAGUAGAUUAUCAAGAGACAUUUGGCCCAGUUGAAAAAAUGAACUCAAUCACAGUCCUAUUAUCUUUUGCUGCCAACUUGGACUGGAACUUACAACAGUUUGAUGUAAAGAAUGUUUUCCUCCAUGGAGAUUUAGGAGAAGAAGUGUUCAUGGAGAUCUCUCCUGGGUUCGCUGAUGAGAAGAUACAAGGAAAGGUGUGCAGGUUAGAAAAAGGUUUUGUAUGGACUAAAACAAUCUCCACAAAUCUUGGUUUGAUAGGUUUAGCAGAGUCAUGAUGUCCUUUGGUUACCAACAGAGCAAUGUUGAUCGCACUCUGUUUAUUAAACAUCACAAGGGCACGAUCACCUUUCUUAUCGUGUAUGUUGAUGAUAUAAGUGAUUGACAAAGAGGAAAUAAUUCAACUAAAAAGGUUAUUGGCUCAAGAAUUUGAAAUCAACGAUUUAGGAAAGCUGCAAUAUUUCCUAGGUAUUGAGAUGGCUAGAUUAGAAAAAGAAAUUUUUAUCUCCUAAAGAAAGUAUAUUCUAGAUAUUUUGGAAGAAAUUGGUAUAUUAGGGUGUAAACUAGCAAAAUCUCCCAUUAAAAGUAAUCACAAGAUGCAAAUAGAAAUUGGUGAGUCCAUAGUAUUGAAAGAUACCAGAGAUUGGUAGGGAAGUUAAUUUAUCUCUCACACACUCGACCGAAUAUAACUUAUGCAGUUAGCUUAGUCAGCCAAUUCUUGCAUGACCCUAGCGAGACUCAUAUGCAAGCUGUAGUUCGCAUUUUGAGAUACUUAAAAGUCUGCAUCAGGGAAAGGGCUUCUUUAUUCUAAACAUGGUCACUUUCGAAUUGAAGCUUUUACAGAUGCAGAUUUGGCAUGAUCUCUCAAUAACAGGAGAUCCACCCCACAACUACUGCAAAGUUGUGGGAGGGAACCUUGUCGCUUGGAGGACCAAAAAACUAAGUGUAGUUCAGUCAAGUGCUGAAGCAGAAUACAGAGCAAUGACUCAAGGUGAGUGUGAACUUUUAUGGUUGCAGAAGUUAUUGGAGGAGUUGAAGUUGCUCGAGAGAGAUAAAAUAAUUUUGUAUUGUGACAAAAAAUCUAUUAUCAGUAUAGCACAAAAUCCAGUCCAACAUAACCGAAUGAAGCACGUUGAGAUUGAUCGACACUUUAUUAAUGAAAAAUUAACAGACGGUGUUUUGAGUUUAGUUCAUGUAACUUCCACUAGGCAAUUUGUGGAUGUGUUUACUAAAGGGCUCAACAAUAAGAUCUGUCAUAAUCUGAUUUGCAAGUUGGGCAUAUGCGAUAUCUAUGCACCAACUUGAGGGGAAGUGUUGACUUAUUUGCUGAUUUUAAGAAUACGAUUUGAUUUGAUUUACUUGGUUGACGCACAGUCAUAUAAAAAUCCUACAUCCCUGUUUUCUCCAUUUCAUUUAUAAAAUGGAGAAGAAAGUUGCAACAAAUAUCACUGUUUUAGGUAAACCAUUCAGAAGUCAUUUUGAUUCCAAAAGUGCCAUUUAAUAUAUCCUACAGUUAACAAAUUCGUUGAUUCUUGUAAGUGGUACCUAUACUGCCCAUCAUAAUCAUCUAAAUUUUAUGUUAUUUCUUUUGUAUUCAAUUUCUUACUCCUUCAUUUAAUGUGAACAGAAAAGGAAAAAAAUGACCAUGUUCCUGUAGUUAUAUUUGAUGUAUAAAUUUUAAUUUUCCAGAGAAUUUGAAUUUGAGAAGGUAA